GUGAAUGCAAGACGCGGAUGAUUCCCUUUGCUCGCUUCUUUUCAGACCAACGGCGGGACCUGUCUGACUGGGUGAACAAUUCCUUCCAUUUGCACCUGAAUAUCGCCAUCUCACCACUCACAUCGAAACCGCGCACUUCGCUCUCAUGUCAGCGUGGCGCAGCUCCUGGACUGAUUUUGUUUUUUAUUUAUAACAACAGGUGUCAAACGAGGCACUUUUAGCUCCUUUUAAAAUCUUGAUUUCAUCUCACCUGCAUAAGGUCUGUGGAUUUUGACAAAUGGGCUCGGAUAAAAGUUUAUUUUUGGAGAUGAAAAGUUGAAAAGACAAGACGCUGAGAUUCGUGGAAGAGUGAUUCCUUGACCAUAGUGACCUUGGCGACAGAGAUGGAUGAGGAGGAAGUCCUGGACUUCAAGGCCCUGAGGGCAAAGUUCCAGCAGCAGGAUGCGCUGAAGCUUAUGAGCAGCAAACCUGCCAUUCCGCAGAAGCCCAAAGUCAUCCCCCCUCCCCCCCAAAAUGGCAACCGCGUCGGCCCCGUCAGCCCGUCUCUCAUCUCCGCCAUCAACGCCGCGGUGGAGAACAAAAUGCCCAUCACGCCUCGCGUGGUCUUCAAAGAUGACAACUCCAAGCCGUCAUCCCCACAGUCGCCCUCCCCGCCCAAAGACGUCCCUAUCAAGUUCGACUUCUCCGAUAAGAACCAGAAGAAGGAGGGCGACCUUUUCAAGCAGGCGUUGAAGGACAAGAAGCUGCCCAUGGUGCUCCCGGUGCCCACCCCGUUCCCAGGCCCGGCUCACACGGUCGCGCCCGUAUCUCCUCCACCACAGCCUGAAGUGCCCACCAAACCCCCCACGCCCAAAAAGAAGGGCAUUUUGUUUUUCAAAAGACCUGCAAAGCCUCCAAAGGUCAAGGCUCCACCCAACCCCCCAUCCAACGGCACUGCCCCUGUGGUGAGCGCCCCUGUGGCUCCUAAGCCUGUGCCUGUACCCAUCCCAGUCACCCCUGCCCCUGCCCCAGCCCCAGCCCCUGGCCUUGAGAGCCCUGUUGCUGACACUACAACCCCAACAGCCUCCACUCCUGUGGCACAUAAACAACCUCUCCUCCCUCCCAUCCCUGUUGUUGCUUCUCCACCCCCUGUUCCGGAGCCGGAGGUUCUCCCAGAAGCGGCUGUGUCCGUUCCUGAUGAAGUCCCUGAUGUUCCUGAAGUUCCGGAUGUUCCUGCCCUGGACAUUUCAGCCAUAGACAUCCCAGAGCCGGAGGUCACCGCUGCUCCAGAGGAGCCUGCCAUUCCUAGUCCUGAUCUGGAGGUUCCUGCUGCUGAGAUUGCCGAGGCAGAGCCAGAAGCAGAGGCAGAGGCAGCAGGUGUGCCUGAAGCCACUGCACCAGAUACUCCUGAGGUAGAUAUUCCCAUCCCCGAAAUUGUUGCCGAGGACAUUGCAGAAGAAGAUGCCCUGAUUCCUGACGUUCCCGCCUCAGUUCCCACUGAGGUGCCAGUGGAAGUACCAGCCACAGAGAUCAUUUCUGUGUCUGACAUCCCAGCACCGGAAAUCACAGCAGAUGACGCCAUGUCGGAGGCUUUAGAGUUCUCAGACAUUCCACCACCAAUCAUUCCCCCACCAGAAAUUCCAGACGCGGAGACUCCUCCUGAUCCCGAUCCAGUGAUUUCAGAACCAGAGAUCCCGGAUCCAGCCCGUCAAGAUGUAGACAUUGCCACAUCCAGUAUUUCAGACGAAACUCCAACAAUUGAUCCAGUAGUAGAUGUGAUCCCUACCCCCUCCAUCCCAGCUGCAGCAGACAGCCAAGCUGUGUCUCGGACUCCCUCUCCCUCCCCCUCCGCCGAGGAAGCUGCUCCUCCCACUCCCGAUCCCGAUCCCACCCUCAGCACACUUCCUGAAGAGCUACCCCCGGCACCUGUAGAAUUUGCAGGGGAAGAGGAUGCUGUUCCGGAACCGGAACCAGCUCUGACUGGUGAUGCUGAUGCUACUGCUGCUGCUGUUGUUGCUACUGCUGCUGCUGUUGCUCCAGCCCCAGUAGAAGAGGCCGAGCAGGAGGCUGCCAAGCCCAUGUCUGCUCUCUCUGCGGCCCUGGAGAGAGCAGAGGAGGCGGCGCCGGUCCCUGAGAAACGCAUCGCGCCCAGCGACCAGAGAAUCCUGAACCUGCUGGAGCGGGCCAAGAGGAAGCACGCGGAGCAGCAGGCUAGCAGGGCCACGGCCUCGGGCUCGUCAUCGUCAUCCACGACGCCCCCGUCUACUUCCCCAGUCCCACCACCCGUCAGCGUGACCCCCGUCCCGGCUGAAACUGUCCUUGCUGACCCCGCCCCAGUCCCAGAUGACCCCACCCCAGAUGACCCCACCCCCUCUGUCAGCCCCACACUCUCAGUGCUCGAGCUCCCUCCAGUCGACUACGAGGAACCGGUCGGGGAAGAUGGGCCUGAACUAGCAGCAGGAGACCAAGGAGGGCAAACGACUCUACUCAACGGUUUCGAUCACAGACAAGUGUCUCCCAUCUUAGAAGAGCCACUGAUGGAGGAGGAGCAGACCGAGGCCUCGGUGUACAGGAAGCCCCUGCCCUCGCUCCCGUCUCUGGGCCCCGCCCCUGAGAAACCUCCCCGGCCCCCCGUCGUGGACCUCAGCCCUUAUGAGGCCAGCCAAGCGGAGGAGCCUCUAGAAGUCAACGGUGAGGUGGCUGCAGCUCCAGAGGAGGAAGUGCUGGCAGCCUCAGAGCUGGAUAACCCAGAGGCCUCUGCAGUGGAAGAGGCUGCGGUGGUGGCGGCUGUGGAGCCUGCUGUGGAGCCAGGGGACGAUGGUGGGGAAGGAGACUAUGAUGACACAAUCAUAGGAGCACCAGCGGACGAGCUGGACUCUCCUACCAGCCAAGAUCCCAGGGCAGCGAGCGGACAGCAAGAGAGCCCUCCUGACAAUUCUGACAAUGUCUACGAGGAUGUGACUACUACGAAUAAGAAGAAAAGCAAAAAACGCAAAGCCCCACCAAAGAAUCCCUACGCUGACGCACAGCCUCCGGCGGAAGAGACGCCCAAAAAGGGAUUGUUCAAGCCCAAGAAAACGAGUGCUGAGAUUGCGGAAGAAAAAGAAAAGAAGAAAAGGGAAAAACAACAAGAAAAGGAGCGUGAAAAGGAGAAAGAACGUGAAAAGAAAGAGCAGAAAGAGAGAGAAAAGAAGGAGAAUGAAAUGAAAAAGAAGUUUAAGAUCACUGGUCAGGAGGAGCCCAUGUACGAGGCGAAGGUCACUGUGCCCAGUAAGGGCAAGAACAACGACCUGCCCGUCAAGAGUGGAGACAUGGUCAGCAUCAUACGCACCACCAACUGCCCCAAAGGGAAGUGGCUGGCCAGAGACAGCACCAACAAAUACGGCUACAUCUGUGUGGGCAGUGUGGAGCUGGACAUUAAGGACAUGCUGGAGCUGGGGAAGAAGGUGGGCAAGAAGGCCAGCCUCACAAACGAAUUAGUGGACGGAGACGUACAGAACCUGGACGGCGGGAUGUCUAACCACUAUGAACUCGAGACUGGGAGCUUUACAGACGAUGAUGAGUGGAAUGAUGAUGAUGAGCAAGAGACUCUCUCUCCCACUGAGAUUACAGCAAGUACUGAGAAUGGAUUAUACAGCACGCUAUCCAUGCUGGAGACAGUGAGCCAGGAGCCAGAGUCCCUGGAGAAUAGCCAUGCUGUCGCUGCAAGCACGGAAGACGUACACGUGCAAGCGCGACAUGAAGCACUUCAUAAACUGGCCACAUUCUUCAAGAAGCCUCCCACUCCUGAGAACCCUGAAGCUGACAUCACCCCAAAACCUGCUGAUGAGCCAAGCACUGAAGCCAGUUUGACCAGCAGCUUUGCAGGGGAAGCUGACCUCGAGGUCCCCGACAUGCUCGUCUUGCCCCCACCAGACCUCUACGCUGAUGUCAUCACCGAGGAGUCCCUCUACUCCUACAGCAACUAGUGUGCCCUAGAGAUGGAUGAACAAAACACACACAGGCACGGAAAAAAAGGAAACCUGCAACUCUGUACUGUGAAUCAUCAUCUGACAUGUCUCUCCUCUCGUGUCUUCCUGUGAUGAAUGGAAAAACAUAUCAUUCAUGACUGAGAUACUUCGAAUGUCACAUGGCCUCCACAAAAACUAAACCCAACCCACUCCUUCAGUCCUGGAGCUGCAUGUACCUUUCCCUCUGCCCUGCAGCCAAGGAGUGCUGCGUUUCUCCAACCACAGCUCCCCACCCCCUAAGAAAGUCUUUUUUUAUUAUUAUUAUUUCUAUUGUUGACAAACCAUUAAAUUUAAAAAAAUAUAUAUAUACAUGUAUAAGCUGAAGUGAACAGCGGCAGGUGCUGGUUCAGAUGAAGCUCUGCUGAACGUGCAUAGCGAUUGUACACUACACUGCACCCCCCAUCCCACUUAUAUGUCUGUGACUGCAUCAAUUAAUUCUGUAUAUCACAGUCUUUUUUUAUUGCUUCUGUUUAUGAAACGUGACAUUAAAAAAAAUGAAAAAGUGAGUGAGAGUGGCUUGUUAGGAUGUAGUUUUCUGAUAACCCGUAUAGCCCCUCUGAAUGCCUUGUAUGCCUGGCGCAUAGUAGAAGUUCUGUGGUGGUGAUGUCUUUUUCUGGUCUGUGCUCAGGAAUGUGUCCCUUGGUUUGUGAAAUGUUCUGUUAUAUUCAGUAAUGCAGCGAUGGACAAUCUAGAUUCAGAAGCUUCAAUCCGGUGCCACAUAUUCCAAACAAUUUGAUUUCACUUGUCCAAUUGCCCUAAUUGGAAAGGUAAAACCAAGUAUUUUGGAAGAUGUGGCACUGGAUUCUAGCUUCUGAAUCCAGGUUGCCCAUCAUUGCAUGUGGUGUGCCUUGUAAAGUAUUUUUUGUUUGUUUGUUUGUUUGUCUUGUUUAAUCUGUCUCUGGUAUAUAAAUAGUGGAAGUGGAAAAAGGAUCUUUUGAAUGAGGAAUUUAAGUUGUAUAUUACAGUUGAGUGUGAAUGCAUGACGCAUGAUCUGGACGUACAGUAUAUGGUUGUGUAAGUAUUAAUAUGUAUUAAAUCACACAACGCCUAUGGUAUAUCUGUCAGGUGUCUCUACAUUAGAUUUAAAGUAGCUUUUGUAUUAAAUAUUGUUCUACACAUUGUUCAACACAUAGUUCUGCACAUCCUCAUGAACACUUUAAAUGCUCGGCAAGUUGUCUUGACAAACUUGUUUGGAAUUUUUAAACACCUGCCUUUGAAGAAUAAAGAUCAAAAUCUGUUACAUACA